AUGACAGCGCGCCAUGACUAUCGCAGGGAGCGCAACCGCCCAGUGCGCAACGCGCUGCUCAAGUGGCAACUGCAGCAGGACCAGCGGCGGCUAGCGGAGGUGCAGCAGCGUCUCAUGCGCAUGGCGGCGCCCUCUCUAUCGUCGUCUCUAGGCCUAGGACUGGACAGCAGCGACAGGCCGAGGCCAACGCUUCGCAGGACACGGCCGCUGCAGCACCACGACCCGGAGGAGGACGCUCUCAUGCACCUCAUCAUGGAGCGGGAGCAGCGAGAAGCCGCCAAGCAACAGUGCAACCAGCUCAACGACCGGCCGCCUAUUGGCCUCAAGCCGUCCAGAAUCCCGUAUCCGUCCGUGUUGCCGCCUUUACGCCGUCCGGAGGAGCACCCAAAGCCACCGAACAAUUCUUCAGUCAAGCACGUCACUUUACGACCGACAGGUCAGAAGCUCAAUGCUGCAGGAGACUUCUACUCGCCUGUGAGACCUCGAGAGUCAUCCUUGAGCUCGUCCACGUCGGAAUUUCGACAGAAUUUGGCCUUCUCGAGGAUCAAAGCUCCGACGCCGAAGCGGUUGGUGGGGGCAACGGCAGCUCCGUCACCGAGGAAUCCGCUGAGAUAUGAUCAGAUGAAGACCCCGGACAGGUGGCGCACGACUGCGAUGCACUCGAAUCAAGAGGAGUUUAAUGAGUCGGCGUUGAGGAGGUGGGAGGAGGAGGACGCAAUGCAAGCGGACCGAUUGCUGGAAAAGGCGGCCAGGGACGGAGACAGCGAAGCGCUGUGGAACGAUUUAUUUUACGGGACGAAAGCGGCACGAGCCAAGACGAACCAGCAGCCGGAGCAACCCGUCGUGUACUCGACUAGCAACUUUCCCGAAGUGUUCUCGCGUUCUAGGUCGAACUCGCACGACAGCUCCCGAGAUGAUGGCAUCAAUGGACAAGUACAAAAAGCUGGAGAUCUCGUUGCUGGAGAUGAUCACAACAAUUACGGUGGUUCAAGCGGAGGGGGCGACAAAGAACAGCUCUCGAAAGCGGAGGUGCCCACUGGUGAAUUAUCAGCGAUAAGUAAUGUGUUGGCGAGUGCAGGUAUUCCAAGUUGGAGCUUUGUGGUGGUGGCGAGCUGUCUGUUGGUUGGGACGUGUGGAUUUCUCGUGGAAGAGCUCAUGGGUCUGCUUGGACUGUUCUCGAAGAGCUCGCCUCUUACCUUAUCGCGAGCUGAACAAGAUCGUAUGCGUGACCGAGUCACUGCACUCCAACAAGAGCUUCAAGGCUUUCAGCUCUCGACCUCGGAGAUUGAGGUGAAGUCUCAGACCGUUUUGACGGAGUUGCAGCGCCACAUGGACAGGAUGCGGCUCGAUCGUGAGCAACAUCAAAAUAUGCUCACGGGCGAAAUGCAGGAGCUCCGUCGCCAUAUUUUAGGUGUCACGCACGAGCUGGUUGAGAAAGAGCGUCAGUCGAUUCAAGCUCAACUCAAAGAAAUCGUGGAGAUCCAGGUCAUAAACGAACUGGAGGCGAACGAGCGUAAAGCGAUCGCUGGUAGUGAAGUUAACAGCAAGGAGGAGGCUGUAGUCGAAGCGCCUGCUGCAAUUGAAGUGGAUACUACAGAGAACGAGUCUGCACCAGUGUCAACAUCAUAUACCUCCACCAACACUGAGCCUCUCCAUGACGGCAAUGACGCUCAAGACGGCAAGAAUCUGCCUAGUGUGUGGCACGAGGAAAUGAUCCAGGCCAAGAUCGAGAGUGGGCAAGAAGUUGCUGCAACUCCUCUCCAGACUCUCGAGCAAACUGGGGCCCAUAACGACGUUGUCGUCGAGCCAAGCCCGAAGGCGACUGUCAUUGUAAAGUCGCCCCGGAGCCCGUCUGGAAUGUCGUUGGAAGGGAUCCUUCUGCUCAUCGGGAUCAUGUUCCUUGCUGCUUGUGUGGUGCUUCGCGUGUACAACAUCAAUCGUCGCAAGAGGUGGUUCGAAGAGCGUCGCAAGCGGAGGAACCAGCGGGCGUUGCUGUUGGCUCAGCAGCGAGCACGGGCGAUGGCCGAGAACCAGUAUGACAGCGACGAAUGGGACGAGGAAGACACCGAUGGUGGCGUCGAGGAGGUCUCGCUCAUGACUCCGGUCCGAGACAGCGACGACGACGAGGCAAAGUCGGAGGCUCUGCAUCAGCCACCCGAUAUCGACACGGACUUCGAAGACGACAACCAGAGUGAGGAGGCAUCACACUCCCCGCCUGAAGCGUAUCAAGCUGCAACAUUCGAGGUGAGGCCCUAA